CAGUCCCACGUAAACGGUGAGCGGGAAAGCACGUCACGCGUGCCGUUACAAAACUAAUAUUAUGUAAAAUUUGACCCUUGAUUUUUCGGGAAAAGUUCACAAAACGUGCAUUUCUGGACCAUUCCGCCGUAGUUUAUGUUGUUGUAAAAUAGUGAAAUUGUGUCUAAUUAUAAGCAGCGAUUUUAGUGAAGUGUCGUGGUAGAUGAGUGUUCUCAAUUGGACGGGGAAUGUUAAUGCCAGUGUUGAAAUGGAUUCAAUAAAUCAUGUCUGGACUGUGGUGGAAAAUGUCCGGGUUGCAAGCAGUGCUGCGGAGUUGGCUAUUUUCACGGCAAUACUUUAUUGGUUCUUUACAUCGAGCCGUGUAGCAGAUAUGUUAGAAGUGGUAGGGGAACGAGUAGGAGGAUGGUGUGGUCGCGAUACGAGCUCUCUAAGGCACGCGAUGCGCACGCGCAAGAUGCGGCCGCAUACAGAUGUAUAUGCUAAACUUGAUGCUGAAAUAACGACAAGAACAUCUUCCCUCUAUCGCAUUAAGAAUGGACCAGUUGUGCCACCGCCACAGCCUCCCACGAGGCCAUCAGCUGGACUUGCCUGCGCACGAUGUGCUCCGUUAUCAAGGGAGUCAUGGCAGGAUUCAAAGGUAGCGGAAUCAAGUGCAGUCAUCAACAUUCUGGAUAUUGGCAGGCAGACCUUUGCGAAUGGUGGAGUGGUUUCGCGGUACCUCUGCGAUCUGGCACAAUGCUUUCAACUGACGAAUUUUGACUACGGCGAUAUCGUCCCUAAGGUGGUAAAAGACGAGCGUUUCCAAAACGCAAUAGAAGAGACGAUAAAGGAGGAGUUGAAUCCAGGGAAGAAAAAAGAAGAAACUAAAAAGGAAUCCAGUUAUGCGGCGGUUAGAAAGCGAGUGGAGGCGAAAGCUAUGAAAGUUCUUCUUGAUAUCAGCUCCGCCAUGUCCACUAAUGUGCUAAAAUUAGUGGCGUGGUUAUGCCACAAAGCAGUGCGUCGGGUCGCCGGCGGCGGUUGCGGCACUCGAGCGGCGUGCGUUGAGCGUUUACGCCGCGCAAACGCUGCGGGUCUACCGCUUGUCUUCGUGCCCCUACAUAGGUCCCACUUUGAUUACAUUCUAGUCACAUUCACGCUGUACCUGACGGGCCUGAGGCCGCCGCUGGUGGCUGCUGGUGAUAAUAUGAGGAUACCGUUCUUUGGGUGGUUCCUGCGCGGUUGCGGCGCGUUUUAUAUACGUCGGCGAGUUGACGGCUCAGAAUAUCACGAAGAUUCUAUCUAUAAAUCAGCACUUAGGGCUUAUAUACUAAAUAGCUUAGCAGCAAACAAUAACCUCGAGUUCUUCAUAGAGGGAGGUCGGACAAGGACAGGAAAACCGCAGGCACCUAAAGCGGGUAUCCUAUCAGUUAUCCUGGAGGCCUACCUCGAAGGUACCAUUGAUGAUGCAUUAUUGGUACCGGUUACUUUGAAUUAUGACAAAUUGGUGGAUGGAAAUUUCGUCAGGGAGCAACUGGGUAUGCCCAAACAGAUGGAGACAUUUUGGUCGGCUUUGCGUGGAAUUUGGAGGACUUUGAACACUAAUCAUGGGGGUAUAAGGGUGGAUUUCAAUCAGCCUAUAUCGUUGAAGGAGCUAGUAACGUCCUUCCAAAAGUACAAUCACCUAAAAGCAGCAAUAGAUAGGCCGCUUACUCCAACAAAUAACAAUUUGACGAUGGACAUAGACAGACAUAUCCUUAACAGUCACAGCAGUUUCUACGGAGCCAAUGUCAGUGCGGAUCAUAAGAUGAUGGUAGAGGCUAUUGGCAGGCAUCUGGUGUAUGAUGCAGCCGUAUCAACACCGUUAAUGUGCACGAACGUAGUCGCGUACGUCCUCCUAACAGAACAAAGGGCCGGCUGCACAUUAAAACAACUUCUCGAUAGUUUUGAGGCAAGAUCGCGUACCCUCGUGAGGGAAGGACGUGAUCUGGGAUACGCGGGAGACUCGAGGACUGUAUUGAAACAUGCUAUGGAUAUGUUGGGGCGCGGUGUAGUAUCCCGGGAUGAAAACCGUGUGCGAGCACAAUGUUCGGUGGCAGCUGCGCUUGAGUUGUCCUACUACGCCAAUUCCGUUGUGGCACAUUAUGCCGCACCCGCUAUAGUUGUCACGGCACUUGAAAGUAUACUCGCCGAACCGGACGCGGACGCAGCGUACGUACGACACAACGAGCUAAUGACGCGUUCGUUGGAACUUUGCGGGAUUAUGGGACACGAGUUCAUACUGAACGCCCCUUGUCAUCGCACGGAGGAGGGAAUACAGGACGCUUUGGCUUCAUUGGUGCAGAGUGAUGUUUUGUGUACUGUACAGAAUGACAAUGUACUGGAUGAGCAGAGAUGGUCCCAGCGGUUUGCAAAGACAUUAGACGAAGACAUGGAUGAUGAGGAGCGACCCGACCCCACAAGGAAUAUUAAGUACAGGAUCUCAAACAAACCAGAGGCUCUCACGGAAAGACGGCGUUUGUUACGUACACUCAGGCCGCUGCUGGAGGCCUAUUCGGCAACAGGAAAAUGUUUGAAAAACGCGUCUCAAAAGGAAGUUGUUACAGCGGCGUUAGACAAACUCACGGAAGAUUUUACACAGAAUAGAAUGAUAUAUGGUGAAGCGGUAUCGACAGACGCAAUACGCAACUGUUUGCGCGUGUUGCGACAAUCAGGCGUAAUAGACAUGUAUACUGAAAACAAAACCAGGAUGAUAAGGCCUAACGAAACCACGGGUCAAAACAUUCUAGACCAAGUGCAAAAGUUUAAUGUGCAAACGCCCUUAUUAGAAAAGUGAUAUGUGAUAAGUGUAUAAGUGAUAAGUGAAGUGCGUAUUGGGAUAUAUGUAACAGUGAAUGAUUCCCAUUCUGGUGGUACAACCAACACAGCGAGACAUUACGUGGAAUACACCUUAACGUCAAGCGAUAAAGUCCUUAUUAAAAUAUAUGAGAAUUAGUUAUAAUUUAGCCAAUAAUGUAUGCUGACGUCCUCUAACCAUGGUAUAAAGGUUAUAAAGAGUAUCGAUGUAAAUGGCGCUUUAUAGUAAAGUAAUAUUAAAGUACAAUUUGUUAAAAAACAAUUAGUCUAAUAAAUUUAGUUUAAUUUGAAACAUUGGUAACAAUUGGGUUUUGUAUUCAAAUACAGCAAGUAUCUGAGUCAAAUUUUAGCGCACAUUCUUCCAACUGUCAAAAUAGGCUUAAAGAAGUUUAUUAUUAUAGACUAUGUUUGAUGACACAUGUUUAUCUUUAUUUUUUAUUUGUCUAGACUACUUGAAUUUAUGCACUUUCAGAGGAUUUGCAAAAAACCGAAGAAAAACAAGUGAAUGUUACGUGAGAACCAUUUAAAGAUUAAAAAAAAAUUCUUUCGACUUACCAACCAAAAUCAAACAUUUUAAAUAAUAAUUUGGUUUUUUUACUUUUUACCUGGUAGUAUGAGUUUGACAAAAUUUUCAACGCUACUAUACAAAAUUCUGGGUCACAUAUCUGUAUAAAAAUUCUUAGUUUUGCUGUUUUCAUACAAACGACACAGACUUUUUUUACAAUAGCGAUUAAUACUCACGAUACAGCUUAAGACGUAUAUCUUGUAGUAUAAAAAUGUGUAGAAACUUUGACAAUGCAAUUGAAAUUCUUUAGAAAAUUAUUCUUGAAAUUCGAUGAAACAUUUUUAACAAAGACGGAAAUUUGCUUUUGAAUAUAUAAAGUUUCAACAUUACACGUUAACUAUUUUCUAACAAAAAAGACAUGCGCAGGAUCGCACGUAAGGUGAUGUUACAAAAUAUUUUAAUGUUAUCAAAAGUUUUUGGACACUUUAGCUUAUACUUUGGUAUUAUAAAACUGAAAGUCGAAUAGUAUCAAUACAUUUUUGUAUAAACCAUUUUCCUCUAGACCUAUUCGGAAAUAAAGUAAAAUACCAAAUUUUCGGAAAUCCUUGGCCCUGUAAGAAAUGUUAAUGAUCAAAUUGAAGUAUUAAAAUACUAGUUAAAACUAUAAAAGUAAAGGGAACUUACUUGGCCACCAGAUUAGGAGAAUGUAUGAAACCUAUAUGUAUAUAAUAGAUAUUUUGUACGACAUGUAAGAACAAAUAAACUUUAUAAUAGUA